AUGAUUCCUAAUACACGAUUACCCAAUAAUGUGGAAAUGCCACUGAUUGGUCUUGGAACCACCCAUUCUGGUGGAUAUUAUCAUGAUGCAGUGCUUCAUUCAAUCAACAAAUGUGGAUACCGUCUCAUAGAUACAGCCAAACGAUAUGGAGUAGAGAAACAAUUAGGAAUUGCUGUGACCAAUUGCUCGAUCCCAAGAGAAGAUCUAUUCUUGUGCACUAAACUUUGGCCAGUUGAUUGUGGAGAUGGAGUUUUUGACGCUUUCAGAACUUCAUGUGAAAAAUUGAAAACUGAUUAUCUGGAUAUGUAUAUGAUACAUAUGCCUCAACUUCCUGAUUGGAUUGUGGAUCAGAAGGAAACAAAAGAGAAGACAUGGAGGCAAAUGGAACUUCUCUAUGAAGAUGAACAUGUUCGCUCAAUCGGUGUCAGCAACUACUCAAUCGACGAUCUGGAAGAGUUGUCAGAGUUUGCAAGUGUUCUUCCACACGCGAAUCAAAUUGAAUUUCAUCCAUGGUUCCAUCAAUCUGACCUAAAAAGUUACUGCGAUGAAAUGGGGGUUUCUGUAAUGGGAUACUGUCCACUGGCCAAAGGAAAGUAUCUAGAAGACGAAGUUUUAUAUCGCAUUGCUGAUAAAUUUCAAAAGUCUCCAGCACAAGUUUGUCUACGUUGGAGUGUUCAACAAAAUGUUGCUACUGUGCCAAAAAGCACAGAUUUGAAGCGAUUAAAAGAAAACACAGAUGUCUUUGAUUUUGAGCUUUCUGAACAGGAUAUGAACAUUCUUUCGUCGUUUUCUUCUAAAAAUCGAAAGAUUGUGGAUCUUUCCAAUAUCUGCCAAAAAAUGUCCCUUCCAGACGGUUACAAACUGAAUGGUCGUGUUUUUGGGGUUCCAGAGGAUAGCGAAGAAAUGCAAAAAACAUGCUCAAAAUGUGCUCCAAAUCAAAAUUUAUCACUUCCUGUCUGUAUAUAA